AUGGAUGUUGGAAAAACGACGGUCUGCCGCAUCCUUUGCAACUAUGCUGUUAGGCAAGGUAGAUCACCUGUAUAUAUUGACUUGGAUGUUGGACAGGUAGUCUCAUUUACUCAAGUCAGUCGUAAGCGUGGUAGUAGUAGUCGUACGUUUAGGGCAGUAUCUCUGUUCCCGGAACUAUCGGAGCGCUUUUCAUCAACAAAACAGCCGAUGUCGUUGAGGGAUUUGACCGUUCGAAGCCUCUGGUCUACAACGUUGUUUGGUCAUGUCUCGCCAGGUGACAAUCUUCCUUUGUAUGACCUCUUGGUAAAGGAGCUGGCAGAUUCCGUAACUCUUCGAUGCGCCACUCAUCCAGAAGCUAAUUUAGGUGGUCUUGUUAUCAACACUUGUGGAUGGGUUACCGGUGAAGGUUAUGGCUGUAUUGUGGCUGCUGCGGAAGCGUUUGAAGUGGACGUCGUAGUUGUUCUAGAUCACGAGCGACUAUAUAAUGAGCUGCAACGGGAUUUGCCAACAUUUGUCAAGGUACACAGCCUCCUUUCAAUUGUCUCAGCUGCAAAAAAAAUUCUGCACCAGCCGAAGUCAGGUGGUGUGGAAACGCGGUCUCGUCAGUGCAGAUUUUCAGCAAGGAGCGCCUCAAUACAUAGGUAUUUCUACGGCGUCCAUUCCAAUCCAUACUUUCCCUUCACCUUCGAGCUGAAUUUCACUGAUGUCAUCUUUUGCAAAAUCGGUACGGAAAAGUUGCCUGAGUCAUGCUUACCCUUUGGCUCUAAA